AUGGCUGGGGUCGAGAGUCUGGACUUUGAAAGUCAUAUCGAUCUCAGACAAAUUGGACCUGACACCUACACCAAUGUUCACCCGCCAUGGCUGUUCCACAUCACCCAAACGGUGCCAGGACCGUUGAUGAUGGCCGAAGCCGCCGCUGCCGCAUACAAGACUGUGGCCGAGGGGUUCAGGAUAGACUCGUUGCAGGUCAACUUCAUGCUCGCUCCCAAAGCAGACCAGCCGCUCGUCUACAAAGUACAGCGUCUCAGUCAAGGACGGAGGUUCGUGGCACGUCUCAUACACAUUGAGCAGGACGGGAAGAUCUGCGUGACCAUCACUGCCAGCUUUGUGAGCGGCGCCUCGUGGACGGGUCGUGCGAUGACACACGCCGAGUCGAUGAAGACCGUCGAUCGAGUCACCGAUAUCACGCUCGACGACUUCGAGGACGACCACUCGCCCAUAGGUCCUUUCAUGAAGUUCCAGAGACUGCCGCAUUUGCCUCAAGAAGCCAGCGACCCGACCGCGACGAUCGCUCCAGUGGUUGCAAAGGUCGACCCGCCGAUGAAAGCGCCGGCAGGCUCACCGCUGCAUAUGCUGGGCAUAAUAUACCUGUCCGACUACCACGUCAUGGACUGUCCUUUGCGCAUACACGAUAUCUCGCUGGGACUGUUUCCUCUCAAUGACCACACCAGGACGAGACAGCCGACGAUGAUGAAAAUCUCAACGAGUCUGAACCACACGAUCCACUUCCACGUUCACGAAGGCUUUCGUGCCGAUGAACUGGUAUAUGUCGAGACGACGACGCCGUGGGCAAGGGACGGCAGAGCAGUGAUUCAUUCCAGAAUAUUCAGCCACAAGGGUCUUCUGAUUGCUACUUGUGUGCAAGAGGUCAGCCCCAUACUCCGUUGA